UCUUUUUACGCCAUCUCUAGUCAAACCACGGUGGAGAGAGUAAUGAAAUGAAAACUGAAGCCUUCUGCUUUAAUUCUUGUCUCCUUCUCCUUUCAGUCAGUCAAAUAUUUUUCAAACACUUUCUGAAUGCACUGUUAGAUUCUCUGGCGACAAUUAAAUAAUCGUAGCAGAUAAUCGUUGCCGUUGGGGAGCUUUCAAUGUAGGUGGGGAAACAAGACAUACAACAAUGAGUUUACGUAACAGUACCUGGCACACGGAAGGCACUAAGGAACUAGGUGCUGAAUGAGCGGGUGAGUAAAGGAAUGUAGAACAUAGCCUACCAAAGUCCCAAAGGGCAAGAAUCCUUAGGGGGGAACCAAAAGAUCCACAGUCCUUGAUGAGAAUGGGCACUGAGGGUGCAGCACCCUCUGAGUGCCUGGGUGCCUGGGAGUGAGCAGGCGAGAGGACCCGGCACCCUUGUGGACAGCCUCCAUUCGGUUAGCACCAUUCCAUGAGGGCUGAAGUAAAGAGGAAGCCAUUUGUUUAUGAGCUGAGAAGAGUGAGCAGGAAAAAUGCCAUUCUUUGCUUUUAAGGAUGAGACAAGCAUAAACAGAGAGGCAGACAGGUAGACCAGAAGGAAGAGAUUGCUCACAAAAUUAUUGUCAGAAAAAGUGCCAGUGAAAUCACUCCACCUUCAAAGAUCUAUGUCCUGGUUUUGAGAACCCACUAUAUUGUAGACCUGUGCCAGAAGCCAGAAGAAGGCAAUGGGGAGAAUCAAAGAGAUUCUUGGCCCUAACCCUUACGAGAUGCUGCCAUGCACAGGAAACAGUUAAAUAAUUUGACUGUCUCACCUACAAAUGAUCAAGUGUUGGGUAUAAGCCAAGGAGCUGAGAGAGGGGGAGACCAGCACAGGCCUGAGGAGCUGAGAAGGGAGGCUUAUGUGAAGGGUAAGACUCUCAUGGGCCUGGCCAGUGGACAAGAUGUGGGAACUGCAUGGACAGUUAUGUGGAGGUGUAUUCCAUCGUGGCUGGAGAGUGUGUGAGGGAUAGUGGGAGAUUGGUGGAAAAAAUAUAGGCCACUGGUGUUGAAGGCUGGGAGGCCACGCUUCAGAGCAGAGAAAGUUGCUAAUCAGAGAAGCGACAUUCUGGAGGUGGAAUUUAGAUAAUGGGCUGUGUGCAAUGUAAGGAUAAAGAAGCAACAAAACUGACGGAGGAGAGGGACGGCAGCCUGAACCAGAGCUCCGGGUACCGCUAUGGCACAGACCCCACCCCUCAGCACUACCCCAGCUUCGGUGUGACCUCCAUCCCCAACUACAACAACUUCCACGCAGCCGGGGGCCAAGGACUCACUGUCUUUGGAGGUGUGAACUCUUCGUCUCAUACGGGGACCUUGCGUACGAGAGGAGGAACAGGAGUGACACUGUUUGUGGCCCUUUAUGACUAUGAAGCACGGACAGAAGAUGACCUGAGUUUUCACAAAGGAGAAAAAUUUCAAAUAUUGAACAGCUCGGAAGGAGAUUGGUGGGAAGCCCGCUCCUUGACAACUGGAGAGACAGGUUACAUUCCCAGCAAUUAUGUGGCUCCAGUUGACUCUAUCCAGGCAGAAGAGUGGUACUUUGGAAAACUUGGCCGAAAAGAUGCUGAGCGACAGCUAUUGUCCUUUGGAAACCCAAGAGGUACCUUUCUUAUCCGCGAGAGUGAAACCACCAAAGGUGCCUAUUCACUUUCCAUCCGCGAUUGGGAUGAUAUGAAAGGAGACCACGUCAAACAUUAUAAAAUUCGCAAACUUGACAACGGUGGAUACUACAUUACCACCCGGGCCCAGUUUGAAACCCUUCAGCAGCUUGUACAACAUUACUCAGAGAGAGCUGCAGGUCUCUGCUGCCGCCUAGUAGUUCCCUGUCACAAAGGGAUGCCAAGGCUUACCGAUCUGUCUGUCAAAACCAAAGAUGUCUGGGAAAUCCCUCGAGAAUCCCUGCAGUUGAUCAAGAGACUGGGAAAUGGGCAGUUUGGGGAAGUAUGGAUGGGUACCUGGAAUGGAAACACAAAAGUAGCCAUAAAGACUCUCAAACCAGGCACAAUGUCCCCCGAAUCAUUCCUUGAGGAAGCGCAGAUCAUGAAGAAGCUGAAGCACGACAAGCUGGUCCAGCUCUACGCAGUGGUGUCUGAGGAGCCCAUCUACAUCGUCACCGAGUAUAUGAAUAAAGGAAGUUUACUGGAUUUCUUAAAAGAUGGAGAAGGAAGAGCUCUGAAAUUACCAAAUCUUGUGGACAUGGCAGCACAGGUGGCUGCAGGAAUGGCUUACAUCGAGCGCAUGAAUUAUAUCCAUAGAGAUCUGCGAUCAGCAAACAUUCUAGUGGGGAAUGGACUCAUAUGCAAGAUUGCUGAUUUCGGAUUGGCCCGAUUGAUCGAAGACAAUGAGUACACAGCAAGACAAGGUGCAAAAUUCCCCAUCAAGUGGACGGCCCCCGAGGCAGCCCUGUACGGGAGGUUCACAAUCAAGUCUGACGUGUGGUCUUUUGGAAUCUUACUCACAGAGCUGGUCACCAAAGGAAGAGUGCCAUACCCAGGCAUGAACAACCGGGAGGUGCUGGAGCAGGUGGAGCGAGGCUACAGGAUGCCCUGCCCGCAGGACUGCCCCAUCUCUCUGCAUGAGCUCAUGAUCCACUGCUGGAAAAAGGACCCUGAAGAACGCCCUACUUUUGAGUACUUGCAGAGCUUCCUGGAAGACUACUUUACCGCCACAGAGCCCCAGUACCAACCUGGUGAAAACCUGUAAGGCCCGGGUCUGCGGAGAGAGGCCUUGUCCCAGAGGCUGCCCCACCCCUCCCCAUUAGCUUUCAAUUCCGUAGCCGGCUGCUCCCCAGCAGCAGAACCGCCCAGGAUCAGAUUGCAUGUGACUCUGAAGCUGACGAACUUCCAUGGCCCUCAUUAAUGACACUUGUCCCCAAAUCCGAACCUCCUCUGUGAAGCAUUCGAGACAGAACCUUGUUAUUUCUCAGACUUUGGAAAAUGCAUUGUAUCGAUGUUAUGUAAAAGGCCAAACCUCUGUUCAGUGUAAAUAGUUACUCCAGUGCCAACAAUCCUAGUGCUUUCCUUUUUUAAAAAUGCAAAUCCUAUGUGAUUUUAACUCUGUCUUCACCUGAUUCAACUAAAAAAAAAAAAAGUAUUAUUUUCCAAAAGUGGCCUCUUUGUCUAAAACAAUAAAAUUUUUUUUCAUGUUUUAACAAAAACCAAUCAGGACAGGUGUUUGUUUUUGUUUUCUUUUUUAUAAAUAUGAAUAUAUAUAUAAUAUAUAUGUCCCUGUACAUAUACAAUGUGGGUGCUAAUGUGGAGACUGUGGCCAGCCUGGGCCACCAAGCUAUGGGACCCAGAGGGAGGAUUUUACUGUAAGUCAGCAUCAAAGCACUGGUGUUAUUCUGAAAACACCAGUGGCCUCAUUUUUGGCUUUUGCAAAGCAUGAAUUUUUUCAUUUGGAUUGCACUUUCCUGGUUCAUGACUGUACCUGUAGAUGGCUGUUACUUUGACUCUUUUCAGGAACCGCCCCCCCAGGCUGAAUUUACAAGUUCUGUUAGCAGUAUUUGCUUCAACUUACUGCCGUUUGUUCCCAAAACUUAAAAAUAAGCAAGCAAAUGGCUACCGAGAGAACUGGAAGAUGGAUACCACACAAACUUCUUGUAUAAAAAUAUGAGUGCUGAAAUGUUUCAGACAUUUUUAAUUUAAUAAACCUGUAACCACAUUUAAAUGAUCUAAAACCCAUAGCAUUGUAGUCAUGGCAACCUGCUAAACUUUCUCAUGCAACUAAAAUUUCUGGGGGAAAUGAGGGUGGGGGUUGUACAUUUCCCAUUGUAAAAUAAGUGUUUUAAAUGUCCUGUACUGCUAAUGAAUGACUUUCUAUAUGUCCAGGAGUUCUCCAGUGGAAUAACUAUGCACUACUUUACAUUUCAUGGGGAUGCACAAAAACAAAAGAGUAUUACAUUUUUAGUUGCUGUUUGUACCACCUUAAAUUACAUAUGUUUAACACCAACAAAUCAAAAAUCCUAUUUCUAUUGAGUUUUUAAUACUGACUAGCAGCUCUUAAUUCCUUUUUUGUUAUGAUUCAUUUGUGAGUUUACAUUUUUAAAUUGUUUAACUUUCUUAAUUUAGUAAUUAAAAAGAGAGCAUUUUACAUUUGAA